GAUUUUUAUUGAUCACUUUAUACAUAAUCUAAGGAAAGAAAACUGAACAUGGAAAGUUGGUUAAGUGACACUAGCAAUAGUUCUGUCAGUAAUAAUUCCCAUCUGGUCGCUGGCUUUACGUCUUCUUUUGUAUCGGUAGUUUUAUUUGGGUCCAAUUUUGUACCAGUAAAGAAGUUUGACACCGGAGAUGGCAUGUUCUUCCAGUGGAUUCUCUGUGCUUCUAUAUGGAUUGUAUCUUUAGUGGUCAACAUCAUUCUUAAUAGCCCGAAAUUUUGGCCACUCGCAAUGGUAGGAGGUUGCGUAUGGGCCACAGGCAAUAUAACAGUUGUACCAAUUGUCAAAACAGUUGGUCUUGGGCUUGGGCUUCUAAUUUGGGCUUCUACCAACCUGUUAACUGGCUGGGCAAGUUCCAGGUUUGGUAUGUUUGGAAUAAACCCAGAAGUCGUGGCAAAGCCAUAUUUAAACUAUGCCGGAGCUGGUCUCUCAGCCCUAAGUGCUAUUAUUUUUCUGUUUGUGAAAACUGACGUAAAUAAAUCUUCAUCAUCAGACUCAGACACAGAACCGAUUCUAUCGACAAGUAUUAAUUCCCAGGAAAACCCUGUAACAGAUGAGUCGUGGGUAGACAGACUCUCUCCUUUACAAAAACGGCUAACCGGCUCAUUGAUGGCAGUUGUAGCUGGGAUUCUUUAUGGCUCCAGCUUUGUUCCAGUUCUCUAUAUCAAAGAUCACAGCAAAAACAAUGAGAGCAUGUAUGCAGGAUCGAGUGAAUUUGAUUUAGAUUAUGUAUUUGCACAUUUCAGUGGCAUUUUCCUUACCAGCACAGUGUAUUUCCUGAUCUAUUGUGCACUAAUGAAAAACCAUCCAAAGGUGUAUCCACAGGCGAUAUUGCCGGGUUUCUUUUCAGGCGUUCUUUGGGCAAUAGCCACCUGUUGCUGGUUCCUGGCUAAUAACUACCUCAGCGCUGUGGUCAGCUUUCCAAUCAUCACUGCGGGACCUGGUUUAAUUGCUGCAUUGUGGGGAGUUUUGGUUUUCAAAGAAAUAAAGGGACUGAGGAACUACGUGCUCCUGGUAUUUGCAUUCUGCAUUAUUCUGUCUGGAUCUCUUCUGACAGCUUUUUCAAAGACAUGAGGAACAUUUCUGUACUAUGUCCAGCAGAGGGAGGUGUUGCAUUUGAAUUUCCAUUAUGGUUGCAAACAUGAACUUUUACCAAGCAUUCAAACUAUAUCUUCGUUAUCAGAAGAAGUUAUGACAAACUAUAAUUGUUUUCUCUGAAACUUACACAGAGGGCGAAACAACUGAAAACAUUGUUCUAAGUUAAAUGUUUGGAAGUUUAAACAUAGCAGACUGUAAUUGUAAUAAUUCAACCAAUCAUGAACUGUGCUACUUCUAAUUAUUUACAAAAUUUUAAAUAUACAUAAAUUAUCUACCUAUAUGGUAAAAUAAUUGGAAAA